GGGACCAGGCCCCUUGUUGCCCCAGAGAGGAGCCGCUGCCAGACGCGGGAUCUGGUGCAGAGACCAUGAGCAGAGUUCAUCAGCAGCUUCCUGAAGAAGAAGGGCCUGCAAACCUGGAGCUGCUGAGGACUUCCCCGGGAAGGCUGGGGGAGAGGGCGCCACAGAGCCCUGAGCUGGGCCAGCUGCAGAAGGGGCAGGGCAGGCCGGCAAAGCAGGGGGAAAGCAUGGAGCUCCAGGAGGUGUUUGAGGACGUGGCUGUGUAUUUCACGCGGGCAGAGUGGGAGCUCCUGAAAGAUGCAGACAAGGUGCUUUAGCAGGACCAGAUGCUGUGAAGCCAGGACCAGGACCAGGAACCAGGAACUGUGAAGCCCUCAUUUCCCUGGGUAAAGCUGUUUCCUGCUUCUCCCUGUUGCCAUGUCAGCUGUGUCACUUAUUGUCUUCUCCCUGCUUCUGAGCACUCAUCCCUGUGAACCUUUCCCUGAUGCUUGAAAUCCAUAUCCUCCCCCAUGGCUCCAUGGGUGACCAGGCCUCUCUGGCAUUUCGUAUCAACAUGUGCUCCUUUUGAGCUGGCUGCCUUCAUCUGAGUCGUUCCUGUUCUUGUAGCCCCCGGUGCUUCCAUAUGCAGUCAUUUCUUGGCAAGGGGGUCUACCGAUUUCAAUGUGGUUGUGUCAUCUCCAGUUAAUUGGGCAAAAGAAUUCACUGCCAGCUCUUCCUUGGGAAAUGCUUCUGAUUUCCUCCUUUUUGUGCCUAGCCUGUCCUGUCCCACACGUGUAACACUCCAAGCAUGCUCAGUCAGUGAUGUCUAAAUCCUCUUUCUCCUCAUUUGGUUGCAACCCAGCAGAAGGUAAUGGAAGUCUUAGUGUCUGCUACUGUCACCCCUGGGAUUUGAAUUUCCUCCACUCAGUCUCUAGUGACAUGUGGACACGUGUUGGACCUGGGGUACUUCUAUCACCAGGUCCCUGGAAGCAUCUGCUCACAUUGCUUCCUAAUGUCUUCAUCUGAACAGGCUGCAGGCUCUCGCUUGGCUGUGUUUACUUGGAGACUUGCUCUGAAGCUCGCUCUGCUGUUUCCAGAAGUUGCAUAGGUUCCAGGAGCAGGGAUAUCAAGGCCCCACACCCAACUUAAUCUGCUGCAUCCAGCAAAGACAGGAGGAGCUCUGGGUCUGCGAUGAUGAGGACCAUGGGGAAAUCUCAAGCUCUGAGGACCUGUGGCUAGGAGGUGCCUGGCUGCUGAGCAGAGCAGAGGAAGGGCCUGCAACUCUGGAGUCACCCGGGAUUACCCCAGGGAGUUUGGGCAAGACGGAGUCCGUGAGACUUGAGGACAAACGAUGGCUCCAGAGCCAGGGGAACCCCCAAAAGCAGAAGGAGAAUGUAGCAAUGACCCAGAUGCGAUCUCUCCUUGGGGGUGAGAGUGAAGAAGGAACAGAAGCCAGACAGAGCCCUGGGCGCAGGGAAGGAUUUGUGGAGCUGAAGAGCCAUGAAGCCAAGUUCUUCUGGAGAGAGACCCCGAAUCUAAGGCGAGCCAGCAGGAAGGGCCUCAGAGGGCAGCAGGAGCUCCCCACCGCGCCCAGGGGCAGAGGCCGCCCCUGCCCUGAGUUCUGGAAAAGCUUUAGCUUCCUCUCACUCCUGGCUCUGCACAAGAUAAGCUACAUUGGGGCAAAGCGCCACCUAUGCGUCAGGUGUGGGAAGGGCUUCACCUGUGGCUUUGCCCAAGCUGCUCAUUGCAAGAUCAAUUCUGGAGAGCUCCCACACCACUUAACCAGAUUUGGGAGGAGCUUUGUGUGCCUCUCAGAAGUAAGAAAGCACCAAGAUGUGCAUAGGGGAAACUGUCAGUACCGUUGUGUCACGUGUGGCAAGACUUUCACUCAUUUCUUCUCCCUAGCUCAGCACUGGCACAUUCACGCGAGGGAUAAACAGCAUCGGUAUCCUGAGUGUGGGAGGCGUUUCAGACGUUCCACCAACCGAGCCAAACACCAGUGCAUCCACACAGGGCAGAAGACACAUCACUGCUGUGUGUGUGGGAAGAGCUUCACCCAGUCUUUCCACUUGUCCAAACACCAGUGCCUCCUUGCAGGGAAGAAACCACACCAGUGCUGUGUGUGUGGGAAGAGUGUCUGUGAAUUCUCCCACCUGACCAAACACCAGCACAUCCACACAGGGGAGAAGCCACAUCAAUGCUGUCAGUAUGGGAAGAGCUUUACCCACUCCUCCAGCCUAGCCUACCAUCGGCGCAUCCACACAGGGGAGAAGCCACAUCAAUGCUGUCAGUGUGGGAAGAGCUUUACCCGCUCCUCCAACCUAGCCUCCCAUCAGCGCAUCCACACAGGGGAGAAGCCAUAUCAGUGCUCUGUGUGUGAGAAGAGCUUUACCCGCUCCUCCGGCUUGGCCGUGCACCAGCGCAUACACACAGGGGGGAAGCCACAUCAGUGCCUUGACUGUGGGAAGAGAUUCAGUGAAUCCUCCAGGCUGACCAAACACCAGCGCAUCCACACAGGGGAAAAGCCACAUCAGUGUUCUGAGUGUGGGAAGAGAUUCCGUGAAUUAUUCAAUCUGACUAUACACCAGCGUAUCCACACAGGGGAGAAGCCACAUCUAUGCUCUGUGUGUGGGAAGAGCUUUACCCACUCCUCCAGCCUGGUCAUGCACCAGCGCAUCCACACAGGGGAGAAGCCACAUCAGUGCUCUCAGUGUGGGAAGAGUUUCCGUGAAUUCUCCAAACUGACCAAACAUCAGCGCAUCCACACAGGGGAGAAGCCACAUCAGUGCUCUGAAUGUGGGAAGAGCUUCACCCAGUCCUCACACCUGGCUGUACACCAGUGCAUCCACAAAUGAGAGAAGCCACGUUAAUGUUCUGAAGGUGGAAAAAGAUUCAGCAAUUCCUUUAGCCUGACCAAACAGGACUGCAUCCACACAGGGGAGAAGCCACAUAAGUGCGCUGAAUGUGGGAAGAGCUUCACCCAGUCCUCCCACCUGGCCCUACACCAGCGCAUCCACACAGGGGCGAAGCCACAUCAUUGCUCUGAGCGUGGGAAAAAAUUCAGUGAUUUCUCCAGACUGAGCAAACAAGUGCAUCUACAUACGGGAGAAGCCAAAUCAGUGGUCUGAAUGUGGGAAGAGGUUUACCUGUUCCUCCAACCUGGCCAUACUCUGGCGCAUCCACAGAGAGGAGAAGCCACAUCAGUGAUCUGUGUGGGGGAAGAGCUUCAUCCACACCUUCAGCCUGGCAUUCCACCAGCACAUCCUCACAGGCUAAAAGCUACAUUAUUGCUUUGUGUGUGGGAAGAGCUUUGCCAUAUUCUCCCACCAAUCUGUCAGGUUUUGCUUCUCAGCCUCCCUCCAGAGUUAUGCAUGCCUUGGUACAUGUCACUCCCCUGCCCUCCUGCCCUUAGCUGCACUCUCUCUAAUCCAGUCUCUGAUCAGAAAGCUGUUGUACUGAACAUGGUAUCCCUGUGGCUGGGCUCUGUGCCCUCUCCUCAACUGAGAUGUGAAUUGAGAAGAGCCCAGAAGCCUUUCCAGGGCAGAUCUCUCUGAGUUCCCAGCCUCUUCCCUUUGCCAAGGGUUCACCACUGUCCAGGGCUUGUUGCAACACCUCAAUAAAAAGAGUUGGUUACACUGAA